AUGUUCAUUGACAAAUCAAAUACAGUUAAUAAUUGGGCUGCAGGUUUAACGUCAAAUAAUUCAACAUUAUCAAUUUGUCGAAGAAAAAAAGAUGAUUAUCAAAUAAUUCAUCAAAUAAAAACAGUAAACAAAGUAUUAAUUCACCAAAAAUUAUUUAAUUUAAAUGAUGAUGAUUUACAAUUAAUAUCAGAUGAUAAUGAAAUUUAUCUUAGUCAACUUAUUGGACCAGUUAUGAAUAAACAGCCUAAAUAUAAAGAAAUUUCAAAUGAUAAUAAUGAGUUAAAUAAUACAUUACCGUCAAAUGAUAAUGAUGCAUUAUAUGAAGCCAUAUCAGAUAAUCAUAAUGAACAAAUUUAG